GGGAGAAGAGUCGGAGGAGGGGAAGAAGGGAAGGGGACUGUCGCCUCCGCCUCUUCCUCAUCGGCUCUUGGGCAGCCGGAACCGCACGCGGCGGCGGCUGCUGCGGCGGCGGCGGCGGCAAAGAAGCCCGGAGCGGAGGGAUGUGGGGCUUUGGGGGAGGCAGGCUCUUCGGCAUCUUCUCCGCUCCUGUCCUGGUGGCCGUGGUCUGUUGCGCCCAGAGUGUGAAUGAUCCUGGGAACAUGUCCUUCGUGAAAGAGACUGUGGAUAAAUUGUUGAAGGGCUACGACAUUCGCCUAAGACCGGAUUUUGGAGGUCCUCCAGUGAAUGUUGGGAUGAACAUAGACAUUGCCAGUAUCGACAUGGUGUCUGAAGUCAACAUGGAUUAUACUUUAACGAUGUAUUUUCAACAAUACUGGAGGGAUAAAAGACUAGCCUAUGCUGGGAUUCCUCUCAAUCUUACCCUUGAUAACAGAGUAGCAGAUCAACUAUGGGUGCCCGAUACUUACUUUCUAAAUGACAAGAAGUCGUUUGUACAUGGUGUUACCGUUAAGAAUCGAAUGAUUCGCCUUCAUCCAGAUGGCACAGUUUUGUAUGGCCUCAGGAUCACAACCACUGCAGCUUGCAUGAUGGACUUGAGAAGAUAUCCUUUAGAUGAACAGAACUGUACACUGGAAAUAGAAAGCUAUGGCUACACAACAGAUGACAUUGAAUUUUACUGGAGAGGUGGGAAUAACGCCGUUUCUGGAGUAGAGAAGAUUGAGCUUCCUCAGUUUUCUAUUGUGGAACACAAGCUUGUGUCCAGGAAUGUUGUCUUUGCCACAGGUGCCUAUCCAAGACUGUCACUGAGCUUUAAAUUGAAAAGGAAUAUUGGAUAUUUUAUUCUUCAGACUUACAUGCCAUCAAUACUGAUUACUAUUUUAUCAUGGGUGUCAUUCUGGAUAAAUUAUGAUGCAUCAGCAGCAAGAGUUGCCCUUGGUAUCACAACUGUGCUUACUAUGACAACUAUCAACACUCAUCUCAGAGAGACUUUGCCCAAGAUUCCCUAUGUCAAAGCCAUUGACAUGUAUCUUAUGGGCUGCUUUGUAUUUGUCUUCUUGGCCUUACUUGAAUAUGCCUUUGUCAACUACAUCUUCUUUGGGAAAGGCCCUCAAAGGCAGAAGAAACUUGCAGAAAAGACAGCCAAAGCAAACAAUGACCGUUCGAAGUUUGAAAGCAACCGGGUGGACAUGCAUGGGAACAUUUUGCUAACAUCCCUUGAAAUUCACAAUGAAGUUGCAAGCAAUGAGGUCACUACAAGUGUCAGUGAUCCUCAGAAUACAACAAUAAACUUUGACACCUCAGGUAUCCAGUACAGAAAACAGAGCUCACAUCGAGAAAGCCUUGGACGGCGCACAUUGGACAGAACUGGCACCCAUGCCAAAAAGGGUCAUUUACGGAGAAGAUCUUCUCAGCUAAAGAUAAAAAUACCUGACCUAACGGAUGUGAACGCCAUAGAUAGAUGGUCAAGGAUGGUGUUUCCUUUUACAUUUUCUCUUUUCAACUUAAUCUACUGGCUAUACUACGUCAACUAAACUGACUACUUUUUAAAAAAGAGACUUCAACAAGUGAAAUACUACUCUGCCUGUUAUUUUAUAUGUGUACAUAUGAACUUUUACACUCUCUCUAUAAUAUAUAUAUAUAUAUAUAAAAUCCUGUUUAUGUGUGUACAUAUAUUGUGAAAGAAUGUGUAUUAUACCAUUGUGCAUACACAUAUACACUAUAUAUAUAUAUACACACACUCACUCUUUAUCACACACGCACACAUGCACAUGUGUGCGCGCGCACACACACACACACACACACACACUCCUACUUCUAGGAAGAUAAUAGACAAUUAAUAUAGAGUGUACAUUAAAUGAACUUUAAUAAAAUAUUAAAAGGCAGGUGUCCUGAAAACAUUAGGCCUUGAGAAAGCUAAAAGUUCUAUAAGAUCACUAAAACAUUUUCCAGAUAUCUAUGAUACUAUAUGAAGUCAAAAUGUGUGAUAUUGUUUGCAAAAACUGUCAUUUACACUAUUCAUUAACUGGUUGCAUUACAGUUAAAAUGGUAAGUUUUUAAAGUAAUUUAUGUUUCAUAUCAUAAACUUUAAAAUCAUUAUGCCACUUUGAUUUUAUUUGAUAAUGUUAUGUUGUAAUAGAUAAUUUCCCCUACCAUAAAUGGACAUCAUUUUCCAGGAAUCACAUGUUUUCUCUUAUGCAGUAAGUUAAAUGUUGAUCCAGGGAGAGUUUUUUUUAGUCUCAUAGAAUUUUAAAACAACCACUCUAAUAAUCUGUUCUACAAUGGGAAGGAGUCUCUUUUUUAAGCACUUCAGUGCUUAAUGUAAUGUUUGUGUUUGGGUGUCUCUUGAGUUACUGUGCUGUUUUAUGGGGCGGGGGAUCCCCCCUCCAGCAUAUUGUUACAGAAAUAUAGUUUGAAAUCCAACUGCUGCUAACAUUUUCAGCAUCUUUCAGCAAAUUCUCUCCUAUUCAAGGCCCUCAUAACCUAGGGAGAUUCAUUCGGGGGUGGGGUGGGUGGGGGGAACUUAGCACAUUCAUUCCCCCAUGCAUUGGUGUUCUUUGCUUUCUGCCAUUUCCCCCAUCUUCUGCAGAACAGGCCUGGAACCCUACACAUUACAGUGAAUGUUGAAAGGGGAAAGGCAGGGACACCAAAUAAUAUCUAUUGAAGAGACUUCUGUUGAGCUUCUCCUUAUUCUGAAACUUUCUAAAUUACCAGAAUGUCAACCAAGAGAGGAUCUGGUGAUCCAAGCUUAACAACUCUUUAAAUAUUUUUAGCAUUCCAGUGAUAACCAGAAGACACCCCAGGUUAGUGAAUUUUAACAGAAGAUGGUGUAGAUGUAUCUUUUUUUCAAGAAACAAAAUGCAUUCACAUUACCAAACAUUCUUAUAGCAUUAUUAAUGUAAGAUAUAUUUGCAUAAUAUGCAUAUAUAUGAAUACUUUAUCCAAAUUUUCUUUCUUGUGCUUGCUUCUGGGACCGCAUGCUAUAUCAUAUUUUUGUUUCUGUGAUGUUACAGCUUUUCUCUAGAAUUCAGCUGAUAGAGCACUUCUAAUGUAUACAUUCAAUAACAGAACAUUUUCAUAUAUUUUUUGUACAUAUAUACACUAAAAAUCCUAGUGUAGCUGAUAUGCCACAUUCACAAACCAUAAAUAAUAGAAAACAAUGUCUUGUUUCAGCAUUAAAUACAUUCAGUCAUUUUCUUUAAGCAAAA